UCUACAUGGACAGUGUUAAUUGGUCUUUAAUGAAGAAUAGUAAUUCACCCAAUGAGGUUAUGUUAAAUUUUACGCAAAUGAAAAUAUGGCUGUCAAGAAGAAUAGCACGGGAAUGCCCGAUGAAGAAAAAAUGCACCCAACUACCAAAACAAGUUUUUCAAAAGUUAAAAAAUAUCUUUUCUCUAUUGGUAAUAACUACUCAACUGGGCAAGGAUGUUAAGAUCAGGAUUUGAUUCAGGGGAUGAGAGCCUUCAAUUCGGAAAAAAGACUUGGGUGCUUUUCCUUGAUACUUCCAUUAUUCUGAUCAUACGGAUUUCUUCUUUGUCUGACAUGGAGUGCCGCAAGAAGAAUCUAGUUCCCCCUACAUUCAUGAAGCUUCGCAGUUAAAAAGCUGAAAAUGUUUUUCACAACUGAUUGAACAUGCAAUCGAGAAUACCAAUUUGUUGCGGAUCAGGGAUGCUGUCAGAAAGAAGUGAAUUUGAUUUGACAAAUGGGAAUGGUGAUUUUCUUGAAUUAAGUCAGCUUGAUCUGGGAGAGAGUGGCCUUCUUCUGCUUAAGCCGAGAGAGGUCUACUUUGUAGUUACGUUCUCACGAAACCAAAUUGGCAAAAGAACCGAUUAUCGCCCCUUACUUGAUGAGAGUUCUCCUCAUUUCAAAGUUAUCAAGGAACGCCAUUCUAAAUUAUUUAAGGGCAAGAUAAAGGUAACCAAAUCAAUAUCUUUGCCGGAAGGCGAAAAAGUGACAACAAAAAAACGACUGUCGAUACCUACGGACCCGUCGAAAUUGCCUUUCCGUAGCUAUUCCAUGCCUGAUUUAAAUGGUGGAGGAGGCGCACAUAUUUAUUCAAUCCCCAUGGAGUUGCCCUCUUCGAUCGAUACAGUUACCGAAAAUAAGGAAAAAUUAGUAGGAAGUUUCGACACAGAUUUCCAAAAACAAUUUUCCAAAGCGAAAGCGCAAGGCGAUAAAAUAAAAAGACAUGAUUCAAAAUGGUCGUAUCCUCAUCCGGUCCUUACACAAGUGACAUCUGAUGAACUCAUGAAAGACGCCAAUGGGAAAUUGGUAGUAACCGAGGAUGGUUAUACGGUUGACAAAAACGGGUACUUGAGAGAUACUGAAGGCAGAUUGGUCAGACAGGAUGAAUAUUUUGUCGACAAAGAGGGACUUUUGAGAACCGAAGAUGGUGACCUGGUCGUAAAUAAUGGCUUUUACGUAAACAAAGGUGGUAACAUGGUAACUACAGAUGGCUAUGUCGUUUCCCAGGAAGGUUUGUUGUUGAAUAAAAAUGGGGAAAGGUUAGUUGUCAAUGGUCAUUUUGUGAACAAAGACGGUAUGUUGGUAAAAGAAAAUGGUGAUUUUGUCAAAUCAAAAGACGGAUACCAUUAUUUGGACAAGAAUGGACUUCUUCGGGAUUCAAAUGGUGAAUUCGUCAAAACAUAUCAAGGCUUUUUUAUUAAUGACAGUGGUUUGUUGGCAGAUGCUGAUGGAAAAGUUUUAAGAACUAAAGAAAAUCACUUAAUUGAUAAAAAUCUGUAUUUGGUCGAUGAAAAUCAGGUACCAGUUAGAGACGCCUUUGGCCGAGUGCGAAAGGCAAUUCCUUCUCAACUGACAGAAUUGUUGUUCGAGAAAGAUAGUAUCACCGGGAAAUACAUAACUACACCGGACGGGCAUUUCGUCGAUAAGAAAGGGUUCGCACGUGACAAAGAUGGAAAUUUCGUACUCGGCAUAGAAGGAUUUCGCGUUAAUAAAGACGGAAUUCUUGUAUAUAACGAUGGAAGACCUGCAAAGAGAGACGGAUAUUACAUUUCUCAGAACGGUUUAUACAUUGAUGACGACGGUAAAUUAGUUACUUCGUUCAACUGCAACAUCGGUGCUGAUGGUUUCCUCAGAACACAUGGUGGAGAACUAAUAACAGUGGAUGAUUAUGUAAUAAACGCGAAGGGACAACUCUGCACCAAGGAUGGUAAUGUUGUUAUUCAAGAUGGUUACGCGAUAAACAAGGAUGGUUUGUUGACAGACCUGGAUGGAAACUUAAAACAAAGUCAAGGCUUUUUUGUAAAUAGAGAUGGAAUAUUGUGUGACGAGAUGGGCAAACCUAAGCUACAAGACAAUGCUUACAUUAGGGAGGACGGUUUAAAAUGCGACAUAAAUGGGACGCCUAUAAAAAAGAAUGGUCGUUUUGUCAAUAAAGAAGGAGUGUUGUGCGAUUCUACCGGCAAUCUAGUUCAAGCCGGCGAUUUGUUUUUGAGUCCGAACAACAUUUUAUGUGAUGAGAAAGGAAAUUUGGCCACUUCUUUUGGUCAUAAUAUAAAUAAAGACGGUGUUCUUUGCGACAAUGAAGGCCACUUGUUAAUGGUCGACAACAAUUAUGUGAAUAAAAAGGGCAUUUUGUGUAACAGGGACGGCGAACCGUUGGUACAAGAAGACGGUAAGUUUGUGAAUAAAGAUGGACUUAUCUGUGACAAAAAUGGGAAUUUGGAAAUGGUAGAUAAUAAAUUUUAUGUUGGCAAGGAUGGUCUUUUGAAAGAUCAUAAAGGAAAUGCCAUCAAGAAGAACGGACAUAAUGUAGAUAGAAACAUGUUGUUACGUGAUAACAAUGAUGAACCCCUAACGAAAGAUGGCUAUUUUCUUGAUAUCAAUAUGUCAUUGCAAGAUAAAGACGGUACUACAAUAAGUAAAGAAAUAUAUUCCGAAAAAGACGUAAUAAGUCCGGAAAAGAACUUUUUACUUCGCGAUAAAAACGGAAAGUUAAUGAAAAAGAAUGGACAUUACGUCGGGAAAGACAAUUUGUUGUACAACAAAGAUGGAACAGCUGUAAUGAAAAAUGGACAUCGUGUCGACGCAAAUAACUUACUCCGAGAUGAUAAUGGUAAAAUAUUAGAAAUAGACGGCAAAUAUGUCGAUGGAACUGGAAAUCUAUUAGAGAAAUAUCAUUACGAAAAACCAGCAGCACAGCAAACGUUAGUUUUCAAGGAGAGAAUAUCUAGUAACGCUACAGUAAUAUUUUCACCAGGAACUACCCUCCAGUUGAAAGAGAAGGAUGACGCCUUCUUCAUGGGCAACAUGGAUGCCCGAAAGUGUCGUUAUGUUGAACAAGAGAUGGCGAAACGAAAAAGAGCCCUUAGGCUGGGACUAUGCCACGAUUACGAUAUAGUGCACGGUAUGGGACCACCCAACAAAAAAUGGUGGACACCCACAGGCCAACUUAUGAUAUCACAGAGAUCAGCCGAGACACCGAGUUAUACCAUAACGAGAGUAGCAAAGACGUUGACUAAAGCGACACAGACGGAAACCUGCUACGCAGUCAAAACGUUGGCAGAAAUGAAAGAUGAAAAAGAAAACUACCACAAAAAGUUUGAAAAAUUAAUGCCUAAAGUAUGAAAAUCAGCAAAUCGAUCAAAGCGAUCUAAAGAAAACUCUAGUACUGCAGAAAGCAGAAACCACACGAUUUCUCUAGUUCUCAAUUUUCUCUUUCUUUCCGCUUCGCCCCAUUAUAGAUUAUAUGUGAAAUAAAUUUCAGAGUUUUGUUCCA